GAUGGCGCAAUGGUGGGCUGGUACUUGGACGUGGACGCCCUGAUCGAGGAGGAUGCUUUCCAAGAGCUCACGGGAGAAGGCCUUGGUGAUGCGCCCACGAGCUGGGAGGAAGCGACCCAGGACCUGGCCAGCUUCCAGAAAAGGCUUGAGCUCCUCUUGGAGGCCACCGACGUUUGCCUGACCUUCCACAACGGUCUGGACUUCAGCAUGUUGCCGAGCGUGGUGGUCAGCUACGACGGGCGCGUGGGCGACGAGAUUGGCGAGUUUGAGAGCAGCGGCGAGGUGGUGACGAUCUCAUCCUUCGCCACGGAGGAAGGCCCAGCCCGAGAGUCCGGCGCUCGUGAGGGAUGGCAGGUGAACCUGGUCGAGACCUUCAAGAUGGACAGUAACAGAAAGUCUUUGGGCCAGCUCAACCGCUCGGAUGUCCUGGAGGAUCCUUCCAAGCUGCUGGAGCUCAGCGGGGUGCGGCUGAUGUUCGAGCCACAGGACUCGGGCGCCACCGAGUACUACCGUGCGACAGAGUCGAGAUUUGAGCAGACAGUCUGCCCCAGCUCCAGCCUCGACAUCAAGUGGCUGACGGACGGAGAUGGUUCCCACUCACCGGAUUCCCGUUGGGGCAUCUUCGCGCUCAUCACGCCCGAGGGAACGGUGAAGGACAGCUCUGUUUGCAACAAACUUGCGGAGGUUUGGAACACCGAGACUCUUCGGGCCCGUGGGGCGCAGGGUAAGAUCGCGGUGGAGCCAGAAGACUGGGACGAAGCGAGGCUCAGGGCACUCUGCGCCCGCCACGGCUGGCAGUUUGAGUGGAUGACCGAGGAGGGCGAGAAGAAGCGGCGCAUCGAGGGCGCCGGAAGGGCGCGCAAGGCAGCAGAGAAGGCUAGCCAGAAGGAGACUUCCAAGGGUGGAGCCUGGUGGCGCCUGGACUCCGUUGCCAAAGCCUUUGCCUUCGGCAACAAGCCGCAGAACAAGGCGAAGAUCCAACCGCCGCAGAGGAAGAAGUCGAUGACGGGAGGCGAGAAGGUCACCCAAGCGGGCGCU